AGAGUUGGAGGAGCAGCUGGGAAAUGUUGGAAGCCUCUCUCUCUGUCUGCUUUUCCAGAAAUGCCACCAUCUCCAAGCAGGAUGUUAAUCAGUAACAGCCCCACCGGGGAGCAUACUUUGGAACAGCAAAUAUUUACUGCAGGCUUUCGGCUGCAAACCCCAACCUUCUGUCUUUGCUCUGAAUGAAGGAACUUCCCAGGCACCAGGGGGCCACUCACUGGAAGUCUUGCUGCUGAACGGACGCGCCCCUGUGGCCUCCACGGCUGACCAAAUGAAGCUGGCACUGAGCCUCCUGCUCCCCUGCCUCCUGGCCGAGGCGUGGCUGGUGCUCAGUUCAGCCCCUGGACGCCAGUCGCCAGAGGCCCAGGCAGGGCUGGAGACUCUGCAGACCCCCACUGCCCAGAACCACACCAGAGAGGGAGUGCGGGCUUCAGAGGAGGAGGAGGUGGUGGAGGCGGAAGUGGUGGAGGUGGAGGAGGAGAGGGUGCAAGAGGAGGAGGAGGGGGAGCCCCUGCUGAGGGCCAGCGGGCAGAAGCUCUCCGAGGAGAUCUCCAACCUCGGGUUCAGCCUGCUGCGCAAGAUCUCCAUGAGGCACGACGGCAACGUGGUCUUCUCCCCGCUUGGCCUGUCCUCGGCCAUGGCAGCCUUGAUGCUGGGGCCCAAGGGGCAGACCAAGGCCCAGCUGGAGAGUGCGCUCCACCUGCGGGCGCUGAACCAGACCAGGCCCCCGCACCUGCCUGACCUGUUUAAGCAGCUCAGAGCGAGCCUCUCCCGCAACCCCGAGCUUGGCCUCGCCCAGGGGAGCUUUGCUUUCAUCCACAAGGAUUUUGAAGUCAAAGAGACCUUCCUCAAUUUUUCCAGGCGGUAUUUCAACAUAGAGUGUGUGACUCUGAAUUUUCGCAACGUCUCACAGGCCAGGGGGCUCAUGAAUCAUUACAUUAACAAAGAGACUUGGGGGAAAAUCCCCCAACUCUUUGUUGAGAUCAAUCCUGACACCAAAUUAAUUCUUGUGGAUUACGUCUCGCUCAAAGGGAAGUGGCUGGCCCCCUUUGACCCUGUCCUCACGGAGACAGACACUUUCCACCUGGACAAGUACAAGGCGGUUAAGGUGCCCAUGAUGUACAAGGUGGGCAUGUUUGCCUCCACCUUUGACAGGAAUUUCCGCUGCCAUGUCCUCAAACUGCCCUACCGAGGAAACGCCUCCAUGCUGGUGGUCCUCACGGAGAAAAUAGGUGACCACCUCGCCCUGGAAGACUACCUGAGCACAGACCUGGUGGACACGUGGCUCAGAAACAUGAAAACCAGAAAAACGGAAGUUUUCUUUCCAAAGUUCAAGUUAGAUCAGAAAUACGAGAUGCACGAGCUGCUUAAGCAGAUGGGGAUCAGAAGGGUCUUCUCACCCGGGGCUGACCUGAGCGAGCUCUCGGCGGUUGCAAGCACUCUCCAAGUGUCCAAGGUUUUACAAAGAGCAAUAAUUGAGGUUGAUGAAAAAGGCACUGAGGCUGCGGCAGGAACCCUGACAGAAAUCACUGCUUAUUCCAUGCCUCCCAUCAUCAAAGUGGACCGGCCAUUUCAUUUCAUCAUCUAUGAAGAAACCUCUGGAACGCUUUUAUUUCUGGGAAGGGUGGUGAACCCAACUCUCCUAUGAUUUAUGGCACGUGUUAAAUACUUUGUGCGAUAGCAGAUGAAGAGUCUGAGGCAUUUGAACCCACACAGGAUACUGGCACUGGGUGGCAGAAGAAGAGAGUGUCCCCUUGUCCUCUGCCAGUUUGAGUCUUUCUUAGAUACAUCUGAGUAUUCAAACUUAUUUUAGGGAGAUGUUUAUACACUCUGACUGGUAUAUUAAGCCUGUUUCUAAGAGUCUUUCUUACUGACUCAAGACCAGCUUGGUAGAGUAUCUUUAUCUUUCUCUGUUACUCACGUUUCUGGACUUAAAAACACAUUAGGUCAGAAGACUAUUUGAAGAUGAAGCCUUUGGGAGGAAGAUAUGUAUACAUUCUCCACGAGCCAUGUGCUUCACUCUCUUUACUUCCCUCUGCUGCAAAAUAAGUGUUUUAUUUUAAUCUAUUAGAGAAUCAUUUCUUGCUGGCUAAAAUUAGAAGAAAAGAGCUACAGUCAGUCCUGAUCACAGCAGCUGCCUCCACCCAGCCCCGUCUACUCCAUGGUGCGUCAGAUCAUUUGGCAGAGGCGUUAGUGAGCCACAGAUCAUCUACUUCAACACCCUCAUUUUACAAAGGGAAGAAAUGGGGAACCAGAGACAGGGCCACAUUAUGAUUUUCAUGGGUCCUAGGCACUUUUUCCUUAGUAGGCUCCUGCCUCCUUUAAAAAAUAUAUAUAUGUAUGUUAAGAAUUAUAUUUUAUGACUGCAGUGGUUUAAUGAUGAAUAUAUUCCAGAUUAUAUUUUCCUUUAGACCAAUGCAGUCAAAGUAUAUAACUUGCUCAUUGCAAGAAGUAAAACAUCUUAAUGGGCCCCUAACAGUAUUGUGGACCUUAAGCGCUGUGCCUACUGCACUAACGGAUGACUCAUACAGUACGUCUCAGGGAAGGAAAACACUCGCCCAAGGUACCCAGGGUGACGCGGGCGGCGUCAGAGACCCGGUCUCCUGACUCCAGUGCCCCAGCCCCUUUCACUCUUCCUUCUUCCUAUCUGAGAGUGACUUGUUAGUGUUCAACUAGUCAGGUUUGUUUGUGGAAAAAUAGUAGAAAGGAAAAUAAAAGAGGGUUCAAAUUACUCACUUUUAAGAAAUGAAAUCUAGAAAAGAAAGUCUAAGAGAAUAAAUACCUUCUGGAAUAAAUAUGGGCCCACCCAGGUUGGGUUCAUUAUUACUGAAGGAUUCGUAUAACAUGCAGAUCAAACCUCCCCUCCUCUCUCCACAUGCACUGCCAAACAGUAACAGCAGAGUAACUGUAUCUAACACAUUACUCUUUAAGGCAGAAAAUGGCCCUAUUCUCUACUCAAAAAUUUUUUUUAACAUUCCCCCACAUAUGCUUAAAGAAGCUCCUAAGACACUAGGCUUCAGAUUUUCCAACUUAUACAUGCCUGAUGAAAAAAUGCAGACCAAUGAAAAACGUAACCAAUCUUAUAAAAAAAGUUCAAGGUUUCAAGAGAGGGGUAAAAAUCCGCAUAGCGUAACAAGGCUUCAUGAUACUUAAGGUUUAGAAACUUCCACACACACACACGUGCGUGUGCACGCGCUAUCUGUAAAAUCCUUUUUUUAGCCUUAUCUCCAUUUCUGCCAGUAAAACUGAGUUCUACAAGGAGUCAGUUUUUUUGCUCGUUAUGCUUACUACUGAAAUUCUAGAACCUAUCCUUAAAAAUCAAGUUCCCAUAAUUAAUAAAAAGAUGAAGGAGAUGUCUCAAUUUCGCUGCAGCUACCGACAGACACAGGUCUGGCUGUCAUACAACUGGUUUAAAGGGUCUAUCUGAUAAGUUGUUAAGCUGAGAACUUUUACAAGAAUAUCAAUCUUGUUUAUGGUGUAAAUCAACAUAUGUACGGCUAUUCAUAACUGUCACCAAUUUGUUUUUUACUCUGUUUUUAUAUAUAUGUCCUUGGAAGUAUAAUUUUAACAAAUCAUAUCAACUUUAGAAAUUAUCAUGUUCUGUGGAAAAAAAAGAAAACUUGCAAAAGUAAUUUUAACUGUUUUAAUUGAUAAUUCAGUGAGUAGGAAUAAGACUACAGCUGAUUUCUGUAUAUUCCUGAACUUUAUAAGUAGUAGCGACUUCUCUCUGUCAAUCGCUUUGCUGUUCUCCUGCACGCAUGAUGAAAAACAGAAGUUCCUAACUCCGCUAAAUUUAUUAUUAAACAAAUAAACUGAAAUUCUCCAUUUUGUUUAAAGCAACAGAGUCAUUGCUGACUAUGAAUAAAAGUGUUGGGGAAACUGA